ACAAAACAAUAACACUGCUAGUUUCGAGAAUGACCAAAACACCCAUACCGGCUUCCGGCUUCACAAGAAUCACAACAAGAACAAAGUUAAAGGUCACUUCAGUAAUUUUGAAAAUUUAUGUCUUUUAGCUCUUCUCUAUCUUAUUAGCUGCUUCGCACUGGUCGGCAAGAACUUCUUCUCAAAAACACGAGGGCAUAAAACCGUAAUUUCCGAUGGGGUCCAUGGGGCUAAAGGUAAAUUGGAGCUGGAGCUCAGCCUUAAUCGGAGCAGCAUCAGCCGCAGCAGCAACCUCUCUCCUCAGCGCCAAACCAAAAGAUCCAACUUUCCACCUUAUCUCCAUAGACCUCACCUCACUGAAACUCAACCUCCCUGUCCUCGACGCCGAGUUAAUGCUGACCGUACACGUCACAAACCCUAACAUCGCAGCCAUCCAUUACUCCUCCACAACGAUGUCGAUCCUCUACGAAGGCACGGUCCUUGGCACGGCUGAGGUCAAGGCUGGUUCGCAGCCGGCGAGGUCUUGUCAGCUUCUCAAGCUACCGGCGAUUCUCGACGGGAUGGAGCUUGCGCAACACGCGCGGAGGUUUCUUGCUGACGUGGCGAAGAGGGAGAUGAAACUUCAGGCUAAACUUGAUAUCGAAGGAGCGGCUAAGGUUUUGUGGUGGGAUCAUAGUUUUAAGGUGCACGUGGAUAGCUUUGUGACCGUUGAUCCUGUCUUUCUUGAUGUUAUUGGUCAAGAGAAUCGAUCUCAGAUGGAUUUGUUUCUUGCUUAAGAAAAAAAUGAUAAUUCUUAGUUUUAUUGUUUAAUCUAAUGUUUUCUUUUCAGCUA